GAAUCAUCCAGGUGAAUGGGAAGCAUGAGUGUGGGCCCCCUCAGCCCUGGCACUCGCCAGCGGCUUCUCCAGGGUCAGGCCGUCUCCCUCCCAGCACCCUCUUCCAGCAGGAGUGUGGCCAUCUUCAUCAGUUCUGCCAUCUCAGAUAUGGACACAGAGCGAGAAGUUCUGCAGUGUACCGCCUACCCUGAGUUACGGAGCUUCUGCCAGAAACACGGCUUGACAUUUGAGGUGGUUGAUCUGAGGUGGGGUAUCCCGAACACACAGGCCACUGACCACUUGACUGUAGAACUCUGCUUAGAAGAACUUGACCGCUGCCAGAAAACGUCCAUAGGACCAGCUUUUGUGGCUCUCCUGGGCGACCAGUAUGGCCCCUGCCUGGUUCCCCAACGGAUCGAAGAGAAAGAGUGGGAGGCACUAAGGGCCCAGCUGACCUCCAGGCCUCGAAAUCUAGAGCUGGUGGCCAGACAUUUCCGGAGAGACGACAACGCCAUCCCUCCCACCUACUUGCUGCAACCUCCAGGCUCCGUGGAGGCCCCAGGGCCUGAGGAGGCCACCUUGACCUCUGUCCUUCGAGGUGGAGCUCAAGAAGCUUGGAGGCUGGGCCUCAUCAGCCAGGAGCAAUGGGAGUGUUACCAUCGCUCAGUCAUUGAGUGGGAGAUCGAGCGGGGUCUCCUGAGCUCAGCACCAGGGGCCCAGGGAGCCACUGUCUUCCUGAGAGAUGUACAGGACCUCAGUAAACAUAUCUUGGAUGAUUGCUCUCUGAAGAUGGUGGAUCGGCUGGCAGAUGGUUGUCUAGACACCAAUGCCCAGAGUCUUCUCCUUGGCCUUAAGGGACGCAUACUGGAUGCUCAGCCUGGAGUCUUAAAGUCCCACCGACUGCCCUGGAGCCGUGACUUGGUCAACCCGAAGAACAAGGCUCACGCCCGCUACCUGAAGGAGCUGAGCGAGCAGUUUGUGGCCAGGACCACCCAUCAGGUCCUGGAGCAAUUGCGAGAGCUGGAGUCAGCCAGACAGGAGCUGGGCUGGCUCUACCAGGAGAUCUGCCACCACCUCUGGAGGAGUACAGAGUCCACCAGGAUCUUCUGUGGCCACCAGGAGCUCCUGGCCCAGCUAGGGCAGCGGCUCAGACAGGAUGACAGCCAGCCCCAUACUCCAUUGGUUCUCUUUGGACCACCAGGCAUCGGGAGGACCUCCCUCAUGUGCAAGCUCGCUGAGCAGGUACCAGGGCUCCUUGGCCACAAGACUGUGGCCAUUCUGAGGCUGUUGGGGACAUCAAAGAUGAGCCUGGAUGCCCGAAGCCUCCUCAGGAGUGUGUGCUUUCAACUGUGCUUGGCCUACGGGCUGCCACUGCCCCCAACCCAGGUCCUGGAGGUCCAUGCCAGGAUGGGCCACUUCUUCCACACUCUCCUUCACACUGUGUCCUGUAGAAACUUUGAGUCCUUGGUUUUGCUACUGGACUCAGUGGAUGAUCUGGAUUCCAUAUGCCAUUCUUGGAGGGUUUCCUGGCUGCCCCUCAAGUGUCCCCCAAGGGUACACAUCAUCCUUUCUACAUGCUCAGGCCAGCAGGUGUUACACACACUGCAACAGACCCUCAAGGACCCCAGUGCCUACUGGGAAGUGAAGGCCCUGUCUGGGUGUCAGGGACAAGAGCUUAUCCAACUGCUAUUUGCUGCGGAAAGGAGAACGCUGAGCCCAGCUCAGAGGGACAUCCUCUGGGCCAGUCUCCCAGAGUGUGGCCACCCAGGGCGGCUAAGGCUGGCUUUUGAGGAGGCCCGGAAGUGGGUCUCCUUUACUGUGCCUGUGCCCUUGGCCACCACAGUUGAGGAGGCCACACACCAACUCUGCAUCCGCUUGGAAGAGACACAUGGACAGCUGCUGGUUGCCCAUGUGCUGGGUUACAUUGUGUCUUCCAGGUACGGCCUGUCGGAGGCGGAGCUGAAAGAUGUGCUGUCUUUGGAUGACGAGGUCCUGCAGGCUGUAUACCAGGACUGGACACCGCCCAGCAAGGAGCUCCUGCGUUUUCCACCUCUACUGUGGGUGCGGCUCCGCCGGGACCUGGCACACUGCUUGACCAGGAGGCCUGUGGAUGGCUGCACACUGCUGGCCAUCGCGAACAGGCAGCUGUCUAAGGUGAUCCGGGUUCGAUACCUGUCUGGGCCUGAGAAAUCUAAGAGACAUAGUGUGCUAGCUGAAUUCUUCUCUGGAGCCUGGAGUCAGGGCACCAAGAAACUUAUCACCCUGCCACUUGUGGGGAAGCCACUGAACCUGGACCGAAAGGUGGCUUCGCAGCCACUGUGGUUCUCAGGCACAGUGGCCAACUGGAGGAAGCUGACAGAACUGCCUUUCCAUCUACUGCAUGCAGGCCACAUGGAGGAGCUGAAGCAGGAGGUGCUGGGGAACAUGGACUGGAUCUCCUGCCGGGGUAUCUCUGGGGGCAUUGAGGACCUGCUGGAUGACUUUGACAUGUGUGCCUCUCACAUGGACUCUCCUGAGGUUGGUAUGGUCAGAGAAGCCCUCCAGCUGUGCCGUCCUGCUGUAGAGCUCCGGGGCAUGGAGAACAGCGUGCUGUACAGCGAGCUCCUGGCCAGGCUCCUCUUCUUUGCCAAAUCCCAUCCAGUGGUGAUUGGACAGCUGUGCCAACAAGCCCAGAGCUGGUUCCGUGCCUGCCCACACCCAAUGCUGGUGCCCCUAGCAGGGUUCCUACAACCCCCUGGGGGACGACUUCAAGCCACUCUCACUGGAUGUCACAAAGGCAUCACUGCCGUAGCAUGGAGCCUGGAAGAGAAGUUACUGGUGGUGGGCACCCAGGAUGGCAUCAUGACAGUAUGGGACGUGGAGGAGCAACAGGUGGUCCACAUUCUAACAGGACACACAGCCGAAGUGAGGUGCAUUCGAGUGUUUGCCCAAGGGACUCUGGCCAUCUCUGCAUCAAAGGACCACACCCUGCGCCUGUGGAGCUUGCUCUCUGGCCAGGAGAAAGUCACCAUUGUGGACAGAGGCUCGCCAAAUCCUACAGAGUCUCAGAGCGGGGAUCUCCAUAUAGAUGAGAUAAACAAAGUCAUAUACUCCAUCUCUAGCGCAAAGAUCAGCGUGUGGAAUCUGGAAACCACGAAGCUGGUUUUCUGUAUCCCAGGAGAAGCCUCUGAUCCCUGGGCCUGUGUGACAUUGCUGGCUGCCCAGGGUGUGCUGCUAGCCGUGUCCAAGGGUGGCGAGGUCAAUGUAUGGAACUCAGCCACAGGAAAACUUCAGGGGAAUCGCCAGUUGUCCAGCAUCAGAGAGGAGACGCCCACUUGUGCCGUCUGCAUCCAGACACAGGCAAAGCUGGUCACUGGCUUCAACAGUGGCUCCAUCUCCCUGGUUUCCUCCAGAGAAGACAGCCUGCUGGAGAAGCUUCCAGAAGCUGUGGGGUUCCUGGUGGUGUCUGAAGACGAGUCUGUUCUUGCAGCAGGCUUUGGAAGAUCUGUGCGGAUUUUCUUGGCAAACUCACAAGGCUUCCACCGGUUCAUGGCCACGGAUCUGGAACACGAGGACGUGGUGGAGAGCGCGGUUUUGGGUCCUGAGAACAAUGUGAUUAUCACUGGCUCCCGGGAUGCACUCAUCCAGGUGUGGAGCCUCUCAGAACAGGGGACCCUGCUGGAUGUCCUCGAGGGCGUGGGCGCCCCUGCAAGCCUGCUGGUCCGGGGCGGGACUCUGGUGGUGUCUGCAUCCUGGAAGUCUUCGUCUUUAAAAGUCUGGGAUCUCGUGUCCCCUCAGAAGCCGAGGCCUCCUGCUCCAUUUCUGGACCGCACAGGCCUCACUGCAGUGUCUCACCACGGCAGCUACAUCUACUUCCCCAAGGUUGGGGACAAAAACAAAGUCACGAUUUGGGACUUGGCAGAAGGUGAGGAGCAGGAUUUCCUGGACACAUCCAAUGAGGUCCGGUGUCUAGAAGUGGCUGAGCAGGCCAAACUCCUCUUCACAGGUCUGAUUUCAGGGAUCGUGCUUGUGUUCCCUCUGAAUUCCAGGCAAGAUGUGCUGUGCAUUCCCCCACCUGAGGCCCGCAAGGCUGUCAACUGCAUGUCCCUGAGCAAGAGCGAGGACCGGUUGGCCAUCGCCUACGACAACAUUGUUCUGGUGCUGGACAUUAGCCCCGGGGACCCAUGUCCCACCAUUGAGGGCCCUGCCUACACCUUUUACACCCAACUGCCCGAGACCAUAGCGAGUGUGGCCGUGCUGGCAGACUACCGGGUGCUCUAUGGCAUGACCGACGGUGGCCUCUUUCUGUAUGACUGUGCACGGUCCAAAGUGUUUCCUCUGGAAGCCCAUGGGAGCAGGGUGAGCUGUGUGGAGGUCAGCCACGGGGAGCAGCUGGCAGUGAGCGGGGCAGAGGAUGCACUGCUCUGCCUCUGGGACCUGCAAGCUUGCAGGGGGAUGUUCGAGAUGAUCUAUGAGAGCUCCUACUGCAGAGGGGUGCGGUGUGCCUGCUUCUCAAAGGAUGACAAGUAUGUGUUUGCAGGCAUGAAGGACCGUUCCAUCAUCGCCUGGAGUGCGCUGGAUGGCACCCUGCUGGCUGUCCAGUUUGUCCAUGCUGUGGUCAACCGAAUCAUCCCUACCUCCAAUGGCUUCAUGGCCCCCACAAGCCAUGGUUAUCUCAUCCGAGAACGCUUUCAGUACCCAUCAGCCAGAGCCUCCCAGCAAGACCCUCUCAAGAACUUCAAGAAGACAGUGUGGUUGGUGAAGACCAGGCACAGAAAAGAGCAGCUGGCUGCAGCAGAGGCCUCCCAGGACACAGGGUCAAUGGCUACAGAGGGAAAGGAAUCGAAAUCCAAUAAGCACUCACAGGUCUGCCUGAUACUGUGA